GAUUUCUUUUCAAUGUCAACUGUGUUGUUUACAAAGCAAAUACUAUAACAAAAUGAAGUUAGCUGUGCUUGCCAUCGUCUUGGGUUUGUGCCUCGCUGUCGCUACGGCCGAAAUCAAUUACUCCGUCGAGGAGAAUGAGCUCGUAGAGUUUGCGCCUUUGGGCCUUGCUGACGAAAUCACUGAUGAGAUGGACUUUAGCGUUUUUGGCAUUUUGUGGUUUACAAUCUAUGGUAGCUUGCGUACACUCAAGGGUGUCAACUGCAUCAUACGCCGUGUGAUGAGCAUUCAGAGUGCUGCCAUUACUUUCCUCAAUGAUUUCAAAGGCUGCAACAGCGGCGCUCUGAAGGAUGUGAAUGCGCUCGUUAAUCAGGUGCAGUCUGUGGUGAGCACCUGCAAUGACAUUAUCCAUUUGAACAGUAAUGUCUGCAACAAUGGUGCACUCAGUGAUCAGGCUGAUGGUAAAAAGUCUACCCCAAUCAAUUGCUUCUUCAAGCUGUUGUUCAAAGUAGUUUCGUUGAAGAAUCAGGUGGGUAAGACCAUUACCUUGUCGAAAAAAUUAACAUCCACACCAGGCAACUAUGCUUCAUGCAAUUUGGACGCUGUGAACGAUUUAGUAUCGGUAUUUACACAAUUCCCGUCCUACGUGAAGACUUGUUCGAAAUUGACUAGUUAAAUGCUUUACAAUACUUUCGAAAAAGAGGAGCUAAAAAAUAAAGCUUAAUAAACAAAGAAAUACAAAUUGAAAUCCGAUACUGCAAA